GUCAAGUAAACGUCAAAAAUGUCAAAACUCAUUUUCCGUGAUUGUCUAAUACGAUUGUUUUUAUUAUUUGUAUUUUUCCAUUUUACAAUUUAUUAAUCAUUAUUCCUGUGUAUUGUAAUGAUGUUAACAAUCAAAGAAUUCCUGUUUCUUAAUAUAAUUUAAAUAUUAUAAUUACCCGCGAGGUUGACAAUCGAAGAUGUCUAGCGAAACGGUGGAUAAUGCGAAAGCCGAGGCGGUGGGGGAGCGGAUCACGCCGUCCCCGGACCAAAUGCGUCGAGAAUUAGAGGAGGAAUUUAACGUGCAGCGAGCCAAAAUGAAAGAGCUAUUUUUGCAGAAAGAAGAGGACAUGCGAAAAUUAUCCCAGGACAAGCAGCAACUUGAGUCGGAGGUGGUCGGCCUGCGGGACGAGCUGCAACAACUGCAAACCCUCGCCCAUAACCAGAAGUCGGAGAUACAGAAUUUGCAGCUACUUGUCAGUGAGACCUUGGAGGCGUCGUCAUCCGGCUCGGAGGAGCUACGACGGCUGCGCGCCAAGAACCUGGAGCUAGAACAGCUGCUCAACCAGCUCAAUCAGCAACGGCAGCAACAGGAGGUGUCGCUGGCGCCGGCCACUUUCGUGCGCUCGCUCGCGCGCAAGCUUGGCGCCGACGCCGACGCCGACCAGCCCGCUAAGAAGGGCGCGGAGGACAGCGAGCUGAUGCGGUCCAUAAUCCAGCCGCUGAACGACGAGAUUGUGGUGCUCAAGGGCAAGCUGCGUGACACCGACUGUCAGUUGCAGGAGGCUCUGCAAAAAGUAAAAUCAGCAACAUCCAGCAGUCCUACAGCGGGUAGUUCUAGCGGCGACAAACCUGAUGUUGACACGAGCCGGCAGUGCGACAUGUGCGCGAACUACGAGAAGCAGCUGGUGUCAGAGCAGGCGGCCGCGGAAGCGGCUCUCGAACGCGCCACAACAAACCACCGCGCGCUCAAACUGGCGACGGAGGAGCUGGAGGGCGUGCGGUCGCUGCACGACGAGACGGUGCGCGCGUGGCAGGCGGCGCGCGCGGCGUCCGCGGCCGAGCUGGCCGAGCUGGGCGCCGCGCUGGCCGCCGCGCGCGCCGCGCUGCACGAGCGCGAGGACACCGCCGCCGCCGCGCAGCAGCGCGCCUUGCACACCGUCACCCACCUCACCGUCGACCGCGAGAUGCUGCAGCGGAAGCUCGACACUUUAGAGAGAGACAACGCUAUGUUGAUCGGUCAAUACACGAAGAAGGCGGCCGAGAUGCAGAAUGAGAUUAUAGACUUGCCAGACAAUGUCGAGGAGCUGCAGGAGCACAUCCUGCGCGUGCGCGAGCAGCUGAUCUUCUGCCAGAUCGGGCGCGAGGAGGCGGCCGAGGCGGAGCGCGGGCUGCGCGCGCAGCUGCUGCAGCAGGGCGCGCUGUUCCACCAGCAGGAGCAGCAGCUCGCCGCCCUGCGCGCGCACCUCAAGGCCGCCAAUGAGCAGCUGGACUGCCUGCAGACAGAGCGCGAGCAGAUGAAGGAGCUCGGCGACAAGCUGCGCCACUCCAACGACAUGAUCGAGGGCCUGCUCGACGAUAAGAAGCGGCUGCAGGCGGAGGUGCAGGAGACGCGCGGCCGCGUGUCGGUGCUGCAGCAGGAGCUCGAUAACAGCGAGAAGGUGCAGCAGGACUUCGUGCGCCUCUCGCAGUCGCUGCAGGUACAACUGCAGCGUAUCCGCGAGGCGGACACGGAGGUGCGGUGGCAGCACGAAGAGGACGUGAACGAGUGCCCCUCGUGCCACGCGCCCCUCCACACCAACAAGAAAAAGGUGCACUGCCGGCACUGCGGGCGCAUCUUCUGCGCGGCGUGCGCGUCGCACAGCGUGGCGAGCGGGCCGCGGCGGGCGCCGGCGCGCGUGUGCGCCGUGUGCCGCACGCUGCUGCAGCCGCACGCCGCGCCCUACUUCAGCACCGACCCGCCGCGCUCGCCAGACUGACCGGCCCGCCACCCGCCACCCGCCACCCGCCACCCGCCACUCGGUGAGUCCCCGGCCCUCUACAAGGGGGUCGCGGGAGGUCGCAACCAACAGUUCCGCAAAUACAUCAAGCAAUCUGUAAUACAUAGUGAAGUAGAUACUAAAGUGUCUACAACAGACAUCAAUUACAUGUCUGUUUUAAAUACUUUAUUAUGUAUUAUUUAUUUUAUUUAAUCUUGAUACCUAACUGUGAAGUACAACUGUACGGAUUUCAUAAUUGUACUAUAAUAAAAUUUAUACACAUUCGAAACCGUGAAGGGUAGGGGGGGGGGGUCGCAAGAUAUUUUCACAUAAUAAGGGGGUCGCGUCGUGAAAAAGAUUGAAAAAUACUGGAAUAAGAUAUUUUGUUCUUUCCCACGUGAUCAUAGGAAAGAAUAAGAUAUACCUGAACAACUGUCUACAUAUAUUUGUCUGCCAUCCAUCUAGGGGUGCAGGAUCAAACGACAGAACGCUGAUUCGAUUUCUAAAUUAAUAAGUGAUAACAGAUGCAGCCCAGUAAUUUAAUUGUAUAGUUAAAUAAAUCCCUUUUAUGAUUUUAUAAAAAUAUCAAAUUUGACAAAGUGAGACGUAUGUUAUACCAUCCACAGUGACAAGUACAGCACUAGUUAAGGUUAUAAUAAUAUUUAAACAGUUGGUACCUUUUGUCAUUUUUGAUAUUAUGUCCAGUGUAUAUUUUUAAACAAUUCUAAUCAAUCUAAUGAUUAAAACAUUUAUUUUCCAUCCAUCUUUACUAAAUGUAAAUAUGUCAUAGUUUUAGUUUAGACGCGUUACGUUAUCGUUCGUAGUGAUAUACGAUAUAUGAUAUAGAUUGUUACUGCUAUCGCCAUCAGUAUGAACAUUUCUCUUUACAUUAAUUACAUUUGGGGCUUGCGAGCACGCGAGAUAAACGUCGCGUGCUUGAUUUGUAUUUGUAUAUUUAAAAAAAAUCGAUUCAAGUGUGAGUCGGAUUCGUGCAACGAGGGUUCCGUACAAAAUCAAGUAUUAAUUUUUUUUUUGUGAAAUAACUACAAAUUUACGGUUUUCAAUUUUUUUUCCUUUACUUGUGUUGUAUGAUAUUGCUUUUUGCCAAAUUCCAUGAUUCUAGGUCAAUAGGAUUUGAUUCCCUUUGUGAAUGUUAAAAUAUGCGAUAUAAAUGGAAUAUAAACGGCCGUAUCUUCUGAUUGCGUCGAUUUAGAAGCUUGAUUGUUUCACUGCUUUAAGAGAUUGCAGGUCUGAGUACAUGAUAUUAAUAUUGAUAUUUUAAGAAACGAACAACGGUGAUACCAUUAUUUUUUUAUUAAUGAAAUAAAUCAAGGUGAUAUAAUUCAUGUUAAAAAUUAAAGGAGAAAUGGUUAAAAAAAUAAAUUUGACAGCUAUGUUUUGUUUUUUUGCAAUGGACAUUAAAAAGGUAUCCAGACACGAUCAACUUAAAGUGAACUUGGUCUUUUAUAUAAUUUUGGGCAUUCAAUGUUAUGAUAGAAAUUUCCACCAUUAUGCAAAGAAGGGUUAAAAUAAAUCUAUUUUAAUUAAUCUAGCCACUUUAAUUAACUUAUGGCGGAGUUAUUUCUAAUCGAUCUUUCACUAUAAUAGCUAUGAAUGUUAUAUAAUGAUUGUUAUUCAAUAUACACGAGUAGGCCACGCAAGCCCCACUGACGCACUGUACAACAUUUUCAUCAUUGUCUCUCGAACUGUAUAACAGCUGUAGAGUAAGAUGUAACAUAAGUAUUUUAUUGUAAAUAAAAGAGUUACAUAUUUAAAUAAAACCUUUUAUUUUACCGAGAA